GGAAAGGAACACAUGUCCCCAAAAUUGUUAGCAGCCCAUUUAAUCUUCCCUUCCCUCACGGGCCCUUGAAAUCUGUCCCUUAAUACGAUCUCAGUACUUUAAUGCAACAAGGACCGUUUACAAUAUUUGAAACCGUUCAACUCUCAAUUCUUCUGUAUAUUUCUUUCCACCCUUUUUACUCCAACUCUCACAGCUAGACGCAAUGGCGCAAACUCCCCAGCAGCGACGACGCAACGAGGCCUUUGCCAAGGGCAAUGAAGCCAGGAUGGGCAAGUCGGAGGAUCAGAUUAAGAAGCGUGUCGAGAAGGUUCAGAAGUCUCCUAUCUCCCUGUUCUGGAUCUCUAUCCUUGGGUUCGUCAUCUUUGGUGGUCUCGUCUUCGAGGGGAUCUCCCGAUUCUUCGGUUAAGCUCCCACCAAUUGAACCUUUCUAUACUAUAACAACAUAAACACAAACAACAACCAAAACGAAUACCCUUACCAGACCUCGCUCUUAGCGAUGGUACUGCAUUUUUUUAUAUCUGGGAGAGUAAGGGUCUGCGAGCCAUCUAAAAGCUAUGGACAAGCAUGGGGCACCAGUCCAUCGUUCAAAGAAGCUGAAAGGGUGGAAGGGCACAUAUAAUUGUAUUUCGCCAUGGGGGAACCUGUAUUGAAUUCACAGGAACUCGACUUAGGGAGAACAGGCGCAAUCUGGAAUCAACAUAAAUCGACUUCUUUUCGAAGAACAAAACAAGAGGGUUUAUUUCUUUGCUUUUUGUCUACCUGACGCCAUGCCGUGAACCGUGAAUUAAAAUAACAGCCCUUUCUUUAUAUAGGGAGAGCUUGUGCGAAGCCACGAGCUUCAAAUGCGAAUGCCAACACGAAACACAUACUUUGCGUCACACAACUAUGCACCAAGACCACGACGCUUGCUGCCACCAUCGUUCUUCAUCUUCAUACCAGCCUCGAACUGCUUCU